GUGCUGGAAGUGCCUGGCUCAUCUUGGGAUCCCUGCUGUGCAGCGCCUGUUCUCCUGCAAAGAAAAAUCUCUGAGCUUUGAUCUGAGAGAUUCUUUGUUACAAAAUUAAGCUGAAUUGUUUUUCUUUGCCCAUUUUUUUUUUCUGUCUCUUUAACCAGGGGACAACAGCUGCCAUCUUCCUUUUUCUGUAAUGUGCAGAGUCCUCGUGCUCAGUUUUUCUUUUCUUUUGUCUUCAGAUCUAUUUCUUUUCUGUUUCUGCUGCAGUGUGAUGGCCAGAACUGUCCUAGCACUUGUCCUAGAAUGGCUUAAGCUGGAAAGAUGGAAAUUUAUCCCUGUAUUUUAUAUUAUCAGUUACAGAAUUUAUCAUGGCUCCCCCCUGUUUGUUGUUGGCAGCAGUGUCUCAGCUUGUGGUCCUGCAAAAUUGUGUUUCUCUUAUAAGUGCUGUCUAACGGUGCUGCCUGCAUAUCUUCCGUUGUUCUCUUGCUUUUGUUUUCUCUUGGUGUUGCAUCUAAACUUCUACUCGACUGCAGCCUCACAGGUGCUUUUGGAGACUGCUUUAAAGCUCUUCCUUUGUGCUGGAGGAAUGCAGGUUUGUAAGUGUAGCAGAGUAACCUCCCUGUUCGCUCUGGAAAAUAUCAUUCGAAGUACUGUGAAAAACUGUGGCGACAUCAGUGUGUCCCACAGAGGUUCUUGCCUAUUCAUCAGGCUUUUUUUCCACAUUUGAUUAUAUUUAGUGUUAUACUGACUUUGUAUGCUUUCUGUUGAUUCUUAUUCAUUUUCUUGUUAUUGUCUAUUUGUUUGUGUAUCAUUCCGUAAAUAUUUUCAGCAUCUCUUUUUCAGUGAGUUGGCCAUCACCUUGCACCUCACAGCUGUUUUUCAGGGCUAAGCAAGGACUGUCAUCUGACCAAUACUUUUCUGUGUAAUUUCCAAAAGUAAUAGUUCAAGCUGAUGGUGGCCUUUGCUGCAUCGUGUGCAGUGUAGUUUCAGUGAUUUGCAGCUUUUAAUAACUUGAGAGCCGGCAUGGAGUUCUUUUGCUGUUAAGAUUUUCCAAAAGGCACUUACCCUCAUGUCCUUAAGUAGUUAAAACUAUUCUCUUUUGACGUUUCUCACCUUUACUUUCUUUGAUUUCCUCUCCUGCUGCUACUUCUAUUUUAUUUCCAUGUUUCUGGAAUACACACAGUGAGACUAGAUAACAAGCCUUUCGAUAGGCUUUUCUUUUCACAUCUUGGACUGGGUUUUUUUGCUUUUGUCACUGCUCUCUUUCGAUGUUAGUGUAAGGUCUGCCUUGUUAAAUUUGGCAGGCCAGUUUUGAAGGGUAUUCUUUCUCUUAUCAAACAGACCCAAUGUCUCAGCACACCGUCCUGGAACACACAGUUCUCUAACUCACAGUCACCAGUGUCUGAGCUCUGUCGGUUUGUUCCCAUGUUCAUCUACCAGCUUGGAGUCACUCUGAGUACCUUUCUAAGGGCUGUGCAGCAGCCUCCUACAGGUAGAGACCCUUCCCAGGAGCCCCGAGGGGCUGCAUGGCACUGCCAGCACCACUGUGUGUCUAGGGGCCAGACCUGUAUGUGCAGCCACAGGAAAGGCAUCAGUGCUGAUGACUCUUACUUUCCGUUUGUUGUAGGCUCUGCCCUUUGCAUCUGAAACAAUGCAAGAAAUACUGUGUUUUCUGCCACCCUGUGCCUGGUUUUCUGUCUCCAGAAACUUCCCUUCUGUUGCCUCCAGAAACUGAACUCUCUUUGUUCUUCCUUUCCCUGUUGGGCAGUUUAAGCUAUUCUCUUUUUCCAGGCACGUUUCUUUGGCCCAGGCUGUGGCAGGGGUUUGCCACCCUUUUUCAUGAAAAGGGUGUGCUUUGCUGUGCUGAAGCCUCUCUGGCAGCUGUGCGUCAGGGAGUUGUUAUCCCCGUUGCUAGGCAGCAUUUGAAUGUUUACCUCUGAGCCUGACAUGCAUUUUUAUGCUGCUUGCAGGACAAAACUUCACCCAUUCUGCAGUCCUAUUGAUGGGCUGCAGCAAGUACAGCGUCUUCAUAGCUUCCCUACUACUGGAAGCAGUCUCCCUCUGCGGAUGCACCAAAACCACCCAUUAUGAAGCCAUCUGAAGCAAAGUCCACACCAACAAUCCAAACAGAACCUGAGAAAACUGCGCUGUCAACAAAGCCAUCAAACUCUCAAAAUAAUCAACCGGCUGAAGAGAAGCCAAAGGAAUCCAGUGGUGCAAAAAGCCCAAUUGCACCUUCUGUGGUAACAGCUUCUAAACCAAAUAAUAUGGGAAAGGAAACUACAAGUCAAGCUGAGCGGCCUUCACAGGCAACCUCUGCAGACACAGCACAGCCUAAGACUGAAAAGACAUCCACAGCAGGCGGUGCAGGUGCAGCAGGUGCAGGUGCUGUCGCGAGUAUGGUUGCUGCAGCUGAUAAACCAAAUAGUGAGCCUGCUAUGGAUGAAUCAGCACUGGACAGCUUAAUAGAUACGCUAGGUGGAUCUGAAGAAGAUGUGGCUACUAGACCAGUUUACACUGGUCCGGAGAUUACGGAAAAUAUUUCUUCAGAAUACUUGGAAGAGCUGGGUAAACGAGAAGGUAGCCUCCCUCCAGAGUACCUUGCAUUAUUGAAGAGCAAAGUGGAUGGCAAAGAUGGAGGCCUACCAAAAGUAGAUGAACAUUCUGAAAAACCGAUGACGGAUGAUGAGCUUGCAGAUGCCCUGUCAUCUGACUUUACCUGUAGCAUUGCUGCUGCUGAAGAAAAGAAGACAACAGAGAAACAAACUAAGGAAGGAGAAAUCAUACAAGCACAAGUGACAAGUUCAGUGAAGACUUCAGUUCCUCCUAAAGAGAAGAAAACAAAAUCAAAAGAGGAAAUCAAAGAAGAUGCAAUGGAAGCUCUCAUGGCUACUAUUGGUGGACCUGAACCUGAACCCGAACCAAAAGAUGUUAGCCCUAUUGUAGAAGUGUCAGAGGCAAAAGCUAAAGAGAAAAAAGAAAAGAAGGCUGGAGAACGUGAUGAUACAAUACCUCCAGAAUACAGGCUAACUCCAGAGCUGGAUAAAGAUGGAAAACCAGUAUUGCCAAAGCCUGAAGAAAAACCUAAGCCUUUGAGUGAAUCUGACCUUGUUGAUGAAUUUUCAAAAGACUUUGCCAGCCCUGCACAGCCUGCAGUACAAUCCAAACCAUCAAAGCCCAGCAACACAUCCAAAAAGCCUUCAGCUCCUGCAUCUACAAAAACUGCAAAGGAUGAAGUAGUCCCUCGUGCCACAGCUUGCUCUGUGCAGUCUUCAGCUCCAACAUCUGUGUCUUCUGUUGGUCACGUAGCUGAUGAAGCAGUAGAAGCCUUGUCCAGUAGUCUGGGAGAAAGGGAGCCUGAUCCAGAAGAAAAGAAACCUGCUGUGGACAAAGUUAAGGAGAAAGCCAAACGGAAACAACACAAAAAACUGGGUGAAGAUGAAGAAACAAUUCCUCCAGAGUACAGAUUAACAGAUGCAAAAGAUAAAGAUGGAAGACCACUGUUAAUAAAACCUGAAGAGGAGUCCCAGCCUAUGAGUGAAAACGAUCUGUUAGAAGGUUUGACAAAGGGAUUUUCUCCAGCCCAAUCUGCACCAUUACCUACACAAACUGUAAAAAAGAAAACCAAAGGGGGUAAAAAAACUGCAGAUUCUUCAGAUGUUAUCUCUGCUUCUACAAUUUCCUCAGUGCACUCAGCAGCUCCCCUAGCUUCUACGUCGGGAGGAAAAGAGAUGGAUGAUGCCUUGGAUCUCUUGUCUGAUUCCCUGGGACAGAGAGAACCUGACCCUGAUGAGAACAAACCAGUUGUGGAUAAAGUAAAGGAAAAAGCUAAGUCUGAACACAGAGACAAACUUGGAGAAAGAGAUGAUACUAUUCCACCUGACUAUCGAAAACUCCUGGAGUCAUCUGAUGAGGGUAAACCUGUCAAGCCAACACCAAAGGAUGCUUCGAAAAACAAAGAACAAAAGAAGCCUACAGAUGAGUCUGCUGCUAUUGAUGCCCUGUCAGGCGACUUUGAUACUAGUCCAAAGGCUCCUGCCACACCACAGCACUCAAAGUGUAGGAGAAAAGUGGAAAGGAAACCGUCACCACUAAAGCAACCCCAAAGGAUGAAAGAAAACCCAAGGAUCAUAAAAAGGCAAGGGGACAGUCCUCCAGCAGCAAAUCUGAGAAGCAGAAAACAAGCUAAACGUUAACCUUUCCAGGAUGUUGGCACGUGAUGUGAAAAGUGAAAAUUCUUUUUAUUGGGGAUAAUUAUUGCUGCAAAAGCUGGUGCAAAAAGCAUGUAGUUAUUCUAGGUGUUUUUUGUACUGUGGUAUUUCCUGGACUUUUUUCAUAUUUUCUUUUUUUCCCAGUAGAUUAGUGUUUUUUUUUUUUUUUCCUGACCUUUCAUUUUAUUGUACUGAUAUGCUUUAAUUUUUUUUUGUAAUUUUCUUGAGUUCUCAGAGGAAAAGGAUGCUUUAUAUUUGUAAGAAGUAUAUUUCAGAAAUUAAUAGCAAUGCCAAAAAGAAAAUGCAAACUUUUGCACAUAAUCUCCACAUAGUGCCUGUAAAUCUCAGAAGAAUUUGCUUGUGCUAGCAGUUUUAACAUUGCAGUGAGUGUAAUAAGUAUUCUGGAAUAUAAUGAGCUUUCAGUUAUCACCAGCGCGUCUCAGCCUGGCUGUACACAGUCUUUCCUGAUUUUUUCUUGGUAAGAAACCACAGAUGAGCUGUGGAUGCGUAAGGAAUGAGAAACUGGUGAUCAACUGCUUCACCAGGAAUAAUAAAACAGAUAUUUGCCUUAACUGCAGCUAAAACCGUAGCAAAACCACUCCAGAUAAUAUGGACUUUUUUUUUUUUUUUUUUUAAUGGCAAUUGCAUCUGUGCUCUUUCAUAAUUUCAGGAGUCUCCUGGACUGAAAAAAUAAUAGUCACUGUGUACCACCAACACCAUUAUAAUCACACAAGAGAUAAAAAAAGAAGGUGCAUAAGCCUUAGCAGAGAUCAAAUUGAAAUUAAGGUUGACAGAUUGGCUUUUGUUUGUUUGUUUGUUUGUUCUUUUUUUGCUGUUUCUGCUCCUUGCUUCUGUUCCUCACACUCCAGGAGAGAAUGCAGUAGAACAGAAUUUAGUGCAGCAAGGAACAAUGUCAUUUUCACCAAGUCUUCAAGAUAAUAGGCAAGAGCAGGCACCCUCUAGUAGGUCUGCUGCGGGUAGAGCUUUUGGGACCUAGGCAUACCAAGUUCUUCCAUUUGUUUACCUCUGUCUUCAUUACUUGCAAAACAUCUUUUUGCACAUCCUUACACAUGUACUGCUUUGCUGUUAGCUUACAGAAGAAGGUCAUACUAGGGUCAAUGUUUGCAAUGAUUCCAUUACCUGAUUCUAGUAUGAAGUGUGGCAGACAGAGGGGCCUUAAGGUGAAAGCUGGAGGAUAAUCAGAAUUUUGACUGUACUUUGCAGUCUGUACUGAGAUCCUGUGUCACACUAAUAAAGUUUUUAAGAAUGCA